UUUUUUUUUUAUCUUUUAGUAAUAUUUAUAUGAAUAUUGCUUUUUAUUUAAUUACUUCUGGUCUUUUGGCAUUUGAUAAAACUUAUAUCGAUAAUAUUUUAAUCAAGUAAACGAUGAGCUCUACUACAACAACUACGGCAAAUAAUAAUAAUAAUACUCGUCGUGCAUCCUCUACUCAAGGAGAUAACUUUAACCUUACCGCACCUCCAGCUAGUUCUACACGUAAAGGAGCUGCUGCAAGGGUAUCUGAAGAAAUCCUCACUCAUGUGCCUCUUGUGAAUGUGAAGAAAGUACUUGUUGUUGGAUCUGGUGGUCUAAGUAUUGGCCAAGCUGGUGAAUUUGAUUAUUCCGGUUCCCAAGCUAUUAAAGCUUUACGUGAAUCUGGUAUUAAAACUGUUUUAGUCAAUCCUAAUAUCGCAACCAUUCAAACAUCUCAUACUCUUGCUGAUCAAGUUUAUUUCUUACCUGUUACAUGUGAAUAUGUUUCAAAAAUAUUAGAAAAAGAACGUCCUGAUGGUAUUCUACUUACUUUUGGUGGUCAAACAGCUUUAAACUGUGGUAUUGAAUUGGAUCGUUCAGGAAUUUUAAAACGUUUAAACAUUAAAGUCCUUGGAACUCCUAUUCAAACUUUGAUUACAUCUGAAGACCGUGAUUUGUUUGUUAAGGCUCUUAAUGAAAUUAAUAUUCCUGUUGCUCAGUCUACUGCAGUAGAAACAGUUGAAGAAGCAUUAAAGGCAGCUAAUGAAAUUGGAUAUCCAGUUAUUGUUCGUUGCGCGUACGCAUUAGGUGGCCUUGGUUCUGGAUUUGCAGAUAAUGAAGCUGAAUUACGAUCACUUGCUACCAAGUCACUCUCUCUUGUCCCUCAACUUUUAGUGGAGAGAUCGAUGAAGGGAUGGAAGGAAGUUGAAUAUGAAGUGAUGCGUGAUUCUGCCAACAAUUGUAUUACCAUCUGUAACAUGGAAAACUUUGAUCCCCUGGGUGUCCACACAGGUGAAUCUAUUGUCGUUGCCCCCUCUCAGACAUUGAGUGAUGAAGAGUAUCAUAUGCUUCGUACUGCUGCUAUUAAAAUUAUUCGUCAUCUAGGUGUCGUUGGUGAAUGUAACGUUCAAUACGCUCUGAAUCCCAAAAGCUUAGAAUACAAGGUCAUUGAGGUCAAUGCUCGUUUGAGUCGGUCUAGUGCACUUGCCUCCAAGGCAACAGGCUACCCUCUUGCCUUCAUUGCUGCCAAAGUCGCUCUCGGUCAUACCUUACCUAGUCUUCAAAACGCUGUUACCAAAAACACCACGGCUUGCUUUGAGCCCUCCCUUGAUUAUAUCGUCACCAAGAUCCCUCGUUGGGAUCUCUCUAAAUUUCAGUACGUUGACCGCCAUAUUGGAUCUGCUAUGAAAUCUGUAGGUGAAGUGAUGGCGGUGGGCCGUACGUUUGAAGAAUCGUUACAAAAGGCAAUUCGUCAAGUCGACCCCGCCUUUCAAGGUUUUGAUCGUCUUCCUGCCCUCUUUGACGAUCACGAUCACGAUCACGAUAUCGAUGAUGUCCUGCGUAACCCUACUGAUCAACGUUUAUUUGCUCUUGGACAUGUCAUGUUAAAUAGUGAUAAAAGAAUUCGAGAAAGAUACACAGUAGAUCAUCUCAAUAAGCUUACGAAUAUCGAUAAAUGGUUCCUCUAUAAGCUACAGAAGAUUGCUAAAAUCCACUUGAGCCUUGCAGAACAAGUGAAUGUGCCGAUUGAGAGACUCUCGAGAGAGUUGCUUGAAGAUGCAAAGAAGGCAGGGUUCUCUGAUUUGAAGAUUGCUAAACUGAUCAACACAAACGAAAUGACGGUACGUGAGGUUCGUAAGGGACAUGGCAUUAUUCCUCAUGUGAAACGUAUUGAUACGGUUGCGGCUGAAUUCCCUGCUUAUACGAAUUACCUCUAUACAACUUACAAUGCGGCUACAGAUGAUGUUACGUUUGAUGAUAAGGGGAUUAUGGUAUUAGGUUCAGGUGUCUAUCGGAUUGGGUCCUCUGUUGAAUUUGAUUGGUGUGGUGUCUCCUGCACACGAGCUCUGCGUCAACUGGGUGAGAAGACGAUCAUGGUCAAUUACAAUCCUGAAACAGUCUCGACGGACUUUGAUGAAUGUGAUCGUUUGUAUUUUGAGGAACUUAGCUUUGAACGAGUGAUGGAUAUUGCAGAAAUGGAGGGAGCUAAGGGUGUCGUCGUGAGCGUAGGUGGACAACUUCCUCAGAAUAUUGCUUUAAGGCUACAUGAAAACAACAUGAAUAUCCUUGGGACAUCACCGGUCAUGAUUGAUGCUGCAGAGGAUCGUUUCCAGUUUUCGAAAAAGUUGGACCAAAUUGGAGGAGUAGAUCAACCAGCAUGGAAGGAAUUAAGUAGUGUGGAGGCAGCGUUUGAGUUUGCAGAGCAAGUAGGUUACCCUGUCCUUGUUCGACCCUCUUAUGUCCUCUCCGGAGCGGCCAUGAAUGUUGCGUAUACACCAGAUGAACUUCAACAUAACUUGACGGAUGCGACGAAUGUAUCCCCACUUCAUCCGGUAGUGAUUACAAAAUUUAUUCAAAAUGCUCAAGAGAUUGAUGUCGAUUGUGUAGCUAGUCAAGGAGAGGUCCUUGUUCAUGCUGUCUCUGAACAUGUUGAAAAUGCAGGUGUUCAUUCUGGAGAUGCCAGUUUGGUCUUACCUCCUCGUGAUCUCACGGCCACGACCAUGAGGUCUCUUAAAGAGAUUGCAGAAAAGGUAGCCAGGGCCUUUGAGAUUACAGGACCCUUUAAUAUGCAAAUCAUUAAACAAGAUAAAGCGGGUAGUAAGGAACCUGUGCUGAAGGUGAUUGAAUGUAAUUUACGAGCCUCUCGAUCAUUUCCAUUUGUGUCCAAGGUACUUGGUAUUAACUUUAUUGACGUUGCUACACGUGCAUUAGUUCAGAAACAAGUCCCUACGGCCGUGGACUUGAUGGAGAAGCGAUAUGACUAUCAAGCAGUUAAAGUUCCACAAUUCUCAUGGACACGACUUCAAGGAGCAGACCCCUUUUUAGGAGUUGAAAUGGCAUCUACAGGUGAAGUUGCAUGCUUUGGUAAGGAUAAAUAUCAGGCCUUCUGGACAGCGAUUCAAUCGACACAAAACUUCCGUAUCCCUAAACGAGGCACAGGUGUUCUUAUUGGUGGUGAUAGUGUGACAGAUAAAGAAGAUUACAUUCAUAUUGCAACCACAUUUUAUCAUCAAUUAGGACAUGCCAUCUUUGUUCCUACUGAAGAAGAUAGAAAAUUCUUAGAAAAGGAAGCUAAACUAUCUUCAGUUGUGUGUUUACCGAUAGCCUCUUGUGCAGAAGAUAAACGAGUAUUAAAUAAACUCUUCAAGGAAAACCAUAUUGAUUUUGUAGUUCAUCUUGCAAAGACACGUGCAGUAGAUCAAUUAGAUGAGGGAUAUGUCUGUCGUCGUGCAGCAGUUGAUUUUGGUAUUCCCUUAUUAAAUGAUUCUAAAGUCGCUAGAUUAUUUGUUGAUUCAUGUGUACGUCAUAGAAAAGAUACACCUCAAAUGGCUACAAUGAUUAUUCCUGAUGAAAUUAAAAGUUGGAAAACUUUUGUUAAUGCAAACAUAUAAUAAGAUAGAAUUAGAAAAUAAAUAAACAUGA